ACCCUCACCUCCCUAACCACGCACCUCCACAACAUCGAAUCCCUCCGCUCCAUAAAAGACACGACCCGCCUCUUCACCCACCUCCUCCACCAAGGCCACCACUCCCUCCUCCCCACCCUCUUCUCCACAAACGCCACCCUCCACUGGGGCCCCGCCAACGCCCCUCCCACCACCAACGACUCCAGCACCACAAUCCUACACGGCGCAGACGCAAUCGCGCAAUGGCUCUCCGCAGACGCGGGAGCCAUGUCCGGCUCCCCCUCCCAGCCAGGAAGCCUCGACGCCAUCGUGAUUGAGAAUCCCGUGAUUUCGCUCUCUGCGACGGGGACGGCGGGCAAGGGGCGAUGGAAUAGUUUGCGCUUCCAGGGCGAUGGGGGAGGGGGUGUGCGGUUCCGCGGCGGGAUUUUUGAAAACGAGUACGUUUUGACUGAGCGAGGGUGGAGGAUUUCGUUGCUGAGGUAUUAUGGGUUGUAUGAAGGGGGUGGACGGGAAAGGGAGGCGUAUAAGGAGGGGUGGAGGAAUGUUAACGGGAGGGGGGUGCCGGUUGUGCCGUAUCAUUUUACCCCUGAGGGGAGUGGGGUGCUGAUUCCUGAGGCUGCUGGGGAGGAUAAGGGAGUAUCGUUGGGGGAGGAGGAGUUGGAGCGACGGAUUCGGAGAUUGAAUGAUGAGGAUGAAGUGAGGAAUUUGAUGCAUGCGCAUGGGUAUUAUGUUGAUCGUAGGAUGUGGACGGAUGUCGUUGAUCUGCAUACACCUGACUCUAUCGUUAUUCUGCGAGGGGAGGGCGGAGGGAUUUAUACGGGGUUGGCAGGCGUACGUCAAGCGCUGGAAAGAAUGGGACCGGAAGGCCUCACACAGGGGAUCAAUAACGACCAUCCCAUCUUCGAUAUCAUUGUCGAGGUCAAUGAAAAUGGGAAAGAAGCGAUUGCACGGGGUUUGGAGAUUGCCAUGAUUGGGGAUGCUGGCAAAAAAACGGCGAGAUGGGAGUUCAACCUUUUCCGGAACCAGUUUGUAAAGGAAGGCGGUGUCUGGAAAAUCAAGGUUGUGGAUAUUACGCCCUUAAUGGUGGCUGACUACUACGAAGGAUGGGGAUACGGAGGACUGAAGAAGCCAGUUGGGUACAUCCCGCCGUUACUGAACAUCUCCAAGCCAACAUACACGCCUAGCCGAAUGAGGAAAGUGACAGCAACGAAGAGAACCGCAGACCUCUCCGACCUCGCCCGCCGCCUCUCCCGCUCGCUCGCCUACGAUGGCGCCGAAAACCAAUCGCACGCCUACGGCUACCUCCUCGACGACAUCAACUGCGCCGCCAUGGGCGCGCUAUUCGCUCGCCGCGGCCACAAAGCCUCUCCCUUUGCAGGCUUCUUCAUCACACCGGAGCGCGUGGCGCAGGCCUGCUUCACCUCGUACGGCACCAACCGCUCCGCCCUUCGUAACAGCAUAUCCUUCCACUGGCGGCCCCAGCCCGUCGUCCUCGUCUCUCACGAUGGCCGUAGCGCAACACUUCGAGCACGGCUCCUCCAGCCCUCGACCUCGACGACGAAACCCGGGAGCUUCAACGGCGCCAUCUACCAUGACCAGAUGGUUCUUGAGGACGGAAAAUGGCGCCUCUGGAGCGUCACGAUCGACGAAUUCUACUGGCAAUCGUCUUCUUGGGAGGGUGGAUGGUCCGCUGCUACCCCGAGGAAUUCAUCAGCGCCGAAUCCAGGGGGUGCGACGUGGACGACGAGGUAUCCGCCGGACCUGACGAUCGCGGAGGUGGGGGAGAGGGAGGCGACUUUUAGAGGAGGGAGUGGGAAAUAUAUUGAGUGGCCGGAUAUCCAGAGGAUGUGGUGGCAGUAUAGGAAUCCAGUGAGUGGGAGGGUGCCGGAGAGCUAUUGGCCUGGGUGUGUGCCGUGUAGGGUGAAGGAAGAUUGGGCGUUGGAGAGGAAUGGGUAUCAGGAGCCGGUGGAUUGGCCGUGGUUG